AAUUCCUAGUAGUCUAGGUCUUGGUGGUGGUCUCGUACGUCAACUACCAAUGCAAAUGUUUUCAUAAUAAUUCUCGAAAAUGUUUAGUAUCUACGCAAUAAAUGUUUUUUAAAUUUUUUUAUCGCUAUAGAUUUAUUGAACUUUGACGUAUUCAACUGUCAUAUUUAACGUUGACGUGUAAUGUGUGCUUUUGAAUAUUUUAAAUAUGUUUAUCUAAUCAUCGGAGUUUAUUGAUGAUUCUUGUUGUCAUGUUCAAAUGCAAGACACAAUGAGUUGGUUCGAUGCCUCGGGAUUUGCCAGUUUGGCAAAGUCUGCGCUCAAGGAAGCUCAGAAGACUAUAGACAAAGCUCUGGACAUAAAGGAAGAGGAGCAGCAUCAGCAGCAGCAGCAAAAAGUAACUGAGACCCCGGUGAUUGAUGACAGCAAUUUUUUCGCAACUUGGGGCAUCAAAAGUGAGAGCGGCAACGCUCAGACUGCGACCACGAGUAAUUUUAAACAAGACUCUAGUAUAUGGGGUAGUUUCACUGGAUCCUUUUUUGAACCUCCUAAAAUAAUUGGCGAUUCCAAGAGCAAAACAUCACAGAGCUCUGGAUCACUACGCGACUCCAGUGACCAAAGUUUGGACACUUGUUCCGUAACAUCUUCGGUAUCUUUGCCUGAUAAAUUAGCACACAUCCAAAACAAAAUAUCAUCUAGCUCGCAGUCCGUUGAGUCGACAGAAGAUGACUCGGAUAGAAUUAUUAGGUCGCGAGACAAAAGUAGUAAAGACUUUUCAAAUUCAGAUUCUAAAACUGACUCGGAAAUCGAGUCAUCUAAAAGUAAUGCUGAUAAGUUUGCGUACACUGGCAGUAAUUUGGGCAACAGAGUUUCGUUACUGUCAUCCGAAAGCGAUAAAAAGAGUUCUGAGAGUGUAGAAAUUCUCGGUUCAAGGUCUGAUACGAGUACUGACUGCACCACGACACCAGAGUCGGAAAUUGUAUCGGCGAGCGACUCGCUCAGUGCAUCGACUUUAGAUUUAAAAAAAAAUUCCGAGUCUGUUGAAAUUUUACCGGACAGUCUGGUAACAUCUCCUAGCUCUGUUGAAAUUCUUGAAGACCGUUCUAAAACGGAAAGUCCAUUUUUAUCACCAUCUGAAGAAUAUCACAAAUCUCCAGAUGCUCCGACAACAUCCUUUGAGCCUGAAUCAGAAUCUCCACAUGAUUCCUCAUCGGAUAUAUCGCCUUAUGCAUCACCGAUGGAGGGGUCUAAGAGUCUGAGACUUGGCGAGGACACCGAAGAAUUAACUCCUAGUCAAUUAGUGUCUUUUCCAAUUACGCCAUUGGUUGAAAAAUCGUCUAGUUCAGUUGCUCUGGAAAGCUGUCAGACUGUCGACGAGUCAGAUGAGAUAAGUCAGGCUGAAGAUUCCUACACUUCAGCAUCAGAAAGCACAAUGAUGACAAUAAUGGAGACUUUCCAUCAGCAACUAGAUCAGAAACGCAUGCACGACAGUUGUUCCGACACUUCAAAAUCUGUUUGUCCUACUUCGGUGUCCAGCAGUCAACUGGAAUCAAGUUUAGAUUCUCUCAAAGAUGUAAAACAAAGUCUCCAUCUGCCCAUCGAGCCAAUCACAACUCAGCCGAUUCGUAAAGUUGAGAGUUUGGCUGAAAAAAUGGAAUCUUUUGAUCCAGACCUGGUGAAAAGUGCUACGAUUGAGCCUUUGAACUCGGAGUCGACUUUUGAAGUUGAGAGAGCGAAAAAUCCACAGGAUUUCAGUCCUCCCGAUCAACAUGCGAUACUUACAGAUUCAAGUUGCGAAGGAACGUUAGUCGACACUAGUUCUGAGGAAAAUUCAGCGAUAAAAACAAAUAAAGAGACAAAUUCUGAAGAAGAAGGAUCACUAACCUCCAGUUCAUACGUAAAAAAUAUGCUAGCUGAUGCAAUGGUAGAAAAAAAUGAAAUGCUAGUUGAUUUAGAACGACAUGAUAUUUCACAUCGCGAACAUUCGCCCAUUUCAUCAGAGAGCCGAUCAGAUCUAGUGAAAAUAGGAUCAGAUCAAGCGAGCGGACACACGAGUGGCGAUGAGUUAGAAACUACGACAUCUAGUGACAUCGAAAUUAUUUCCAGGUACAGCCCAAAUGGUGAUUCAAGUUCAACGCAAUCGCGGCAAAGUCCAGCGAAUCUCCAUUCAUGUAAAGCUGGAGAUCUUUUGACAAAAACUUUGAAGACCAGAGGCCACAGUCGGGAGCUCAGUGAAAUUAGUAUUUGUUCUGAUGACAGUAUUAAUGAAACAGAUAAAUUACGGAAACGUAUUCAAGAAUUAGUUGAAAUACUAGAAGUACGGGAGUCAAAGCUAAUUGACGUGAGUCGAAUGAAUAUGGAUUUGCAUGAACAAAACAAUCAUCUGAAAAUCCAGAUAGACAGUUGGGAAAAACGUGCACAGCAGCAUCAAGAUGUUAAUCUUAUAGCCGACGAAUAUACACAACGUAUGUCUGUGUUGGAAAAAAAAUUCCAGCAAACAAUCAGAGAGCGUGAUCUGCUUAAAGAUCAAGUGGAGAGUUUGAAGAAAGAGUUGUCGGAUCAGUCCUCGUCGUUGAACGCUGAGAAAGAUGAAAUCAUCAAGCAGCUGCGAGAGGAGGGUGAGAAACUGAGUAAACAACAGCUGCAGCACUGUAAUAUUAUUAAAAAAUUGCGGGCCAAAGAAAAAGAGUCGGACGCAACCAUGAAGAGCCAGAAAGAACAGUUGGAAGAACAGAACUUGGAACUAGACCGAUUGAAACGUUCGCUGAAUGCUAAAGAAGAAGUGGAAAGAAGUCAAAUAGAAGCUGUUCAUACUCUUACAGCAAAAGUUAAGAAACAGGAGAAGGAAAUUUUUUCAUUGCAAGAAAAGUUAGACAACACGAUGAAUAAAAUGAAUGCUUAUAAAACAAGUCUUGAUGCGGCAAAAGUCGAAUUGGCUGAAACAAAAUUAAAUUUUAGCGCCGCGGAGGAGGAGCUAAAGCAAGUACUGGAAAGCGCUGGAGAGUCGUGUCGGCUAUCAGCUCAAGUUGAAGAUCUUAAAGUUAAGUUACGUAGAGAAGAAGAAAAUCAUGUUAAGAAAAUAGAUGCUUUGAAACAGGAGAACAACGACCUGUUGAAACGUCUCGAAGCUGCUGAAGCCAGAAGCGAAGAGCUUUCAGAAUCAGUUUCCCUUGCCACGAAACCACUGCUUCGACAGCUCGAACAACUUCAAGCGAACCUGACACACAAAUCCAAUAGUUUUAUGAAACAAGAGAAGAUAAUGUCGGAUACCAUUGACGAACUCCAAACAAAGUUAGAUAACAUGCUCGCUGCUGAUCGCUCCCACGUCGAAGAAAAUAUAAAUUUAAAGUCUAAAAUAGUAAUGCUAGAGUCACAAAUAAAGCGCACAGAGUCUGAGCGGUCUAAAAUAGACGAAUUGUCAACGCAAUUUAAAUCUGAAAAUACAAAACUCAUUGCGGAAAUAGAUAAAUUAAAAAUGACAAUUAAAAGUCUUGAAAAAUCUCACGCUGAGGAAGUCAAAGAAUUUAAACGCGAGAUAGAGUCGCUGAAAGAUAAACUAUCGACGGAAAAAGCAGCAAGUGAUGCUGAAAAAAGGAAAAAUAAUCCUGCAUUGGAGCAUCAGCAGAGCACUGGAGAGGAGUCACGUCUCAGUCCAACUUCCAGUGUCAGAAGAGACUCUAUCAGUAGUACAAAUAGCGUUUGGCUUGCGUUCAAUGAUUCGAUAUUUGAUACGAGUUCUGGACGCUUUCCAAAUGUUUACGAUGGGUUGAGAACUAGUACAAAUACGACAUCGACCAUUGAAACUUUGCAAGCACAAUUAAAAGCUCGCGAAGGUGAAAUUCAAACACUGCAAUGGGAAAUGUCACGCAAAAACACAGAACGCGAUGCAUUGAAUAUGGAAUUAUCAAAUUUAUCUAUGAAAGUCGAAGAACUGACCGGUAAAUUGAUUCAAGUCGAGGCACUCAAUGCUAAUUUGAGUGAAAUACAAACAAGGUAUGACGCAUUACUUCAAAUGUACGGAGAAAAAGUCGAAGAAACGCAAGAGCUUCAAUUGGAUCUUGAAGAUGUUAAGGAAAUGUAUAAAAGUCAGAUCGAUCAGCUGUUGAGAAAAGAUACUUAGAUCCGAUUUGAAUUUCAAAAAAACAUUCCGCCUAAAAUUUCGUGUGUUUGAAAAGUGCAAUACGCCGUCGCAGGUCGGCUGCAAGUAUUCAGAGGGUUUUUAAAUAUUUAAGGACAUUCUCUGUCUACACCCCCCAGUUUUUAAAAAUAUUUGAUGAUUUUUAAUUGUAGGCUGAAUUUAAAUUUUAGGAAUUUUAAAAAAGUUGAAGCAUUAAUUGGAAAAAAGAAAACGCAGUUACAAUUUUCCUGAGGUAUAGAUUUGAAAAAAAAAUUACUUCGUUGUUAUCAAUUAGGAGUUAAACGAAAUUUGGAAAAUGAAUUUCAGUAAAAUCUUCAUGCAAUUUUAUAAUUCAAAUUUUCAAAUUUUGUAGGCUAAAAUUUAUUUACAAAAUUUUGUUUGACUCCUAAUUGAUAACUAAGUAAUUUUUUAAAAAAUCUAAUUAAUUAAUAAAAUUUAAAUGCGAUCAUUACGAUUGAAAUUUAAUAUUUUUAAAAAGGUGGGGGGGGGCGAGAAUGACCUUAAUAUAAAUUAUAUUUUAAAUGAAUGUUAUUAUUUUAAAUAGAUGUUUUUUUUGUUUUUAAUUAAAUUAAUAAAUUAAAAAUUAAGUAUUUUGCUUGUAAGCAGACUUGGAGACUGAGAUUACGGAAAUAUUGGCUGAGACAUUGGGAGGUCAUUGAAAUCAGUCUUAUAUAAGUGAUAUUUGUAAAUAGAUCUAUAUCUAAUUACUAAUAAUCAGUCUUUAAUUAUAAUAUUUUAUUAUAAGUAACUAAAUAAAUAAUUAAUUGUUAUUAUUAUUGAUAAAGAGAAUUUAGGAUUGUACAUAUGGUGGAAUCGAUAAUCAAGUCAUGUAAAUUUCAAGUUAUUUUAUUUGUCCUGUUCCGAUGGCGCCCAUAUAAAUUUUUUUUUUCAUAGAUAGAAUUAAUUAAUUAAUCAAUUAAAAAAUACAUUUUUAUUGUGACAGGUACUUCUAUUAAAUAAAAGUAUUUAAAAAAAAUAAUAAUAAAUAAAAUUUAUUUAAUUAAAUUUUUAUUUUUAAAUCACCAGAGUUUCACAAUUUAAUUUUGAAUAUACUUUACUUUAUUUUGGUAAGGCUUUUUUUUUUAGCUCAGUAAGUACCAAAAAUAAAAAACAAUCUGAUGACAAACCAAUAAUCAUUUUUAUCUUAUUUACUACAACAGUAUGUCCAUUUAUUAAAACGUAGCUAUUACUUUUUUUAAAUUUUCAUUACCUCUAAUAACAUAGCGACGCGGUCAGCAUUAAUUAUCAAAUUUGGAAACAUUAACAUCCAAAACAUGAGAAAAAAAAAAAACAAGUGUUAAUUUUUU